AGAAGUCGGCGGAGUGGUUUCGCAGACGGACUACAGAAGACAGCAGCUAGCUUCUGUUAUUGAUAACCUUUUGGUUAACUUCUGGUCUGUUUUGACUGAAUACUGAUUUGAUUCAAAAGGCAAGCGGUUUCGAAAGCAAGAUGGGUGUGCCGAAAUUUUACCGAUGGAUUUCCGAGCGUUAUCCUUGUCUCAGUGAAGUUGUCAAGGAACAUCAGAUCCCAGAAUUUGACAAUUUUUAUCUGGACAUGAAUGGAAUCAUUCACCAGUGUUCUCACCCAAAUGAUGAAGAUGUCCAUUUUCGCAUCUCUGAGGAAAAGAUUUUCGCUGACAUCUUCCAUUACCUUGAGGUGCUCUUCAGGAUCAUCAAACCACGGAAGGUCUUCUUCAUGGCUGUGGAUGGUGUUGCCCCAAGGGCAAAAAUGAACCAGCAGAGAGGACGGAGAUUUAGAUCUGCCAAAGAAGCAGAGGAAAAAAUUAAAAAAGCGCUGGAUAAAGGAGAAGUUCUUCCCACAGAGGCUCGCUUCGACUCGAACUGUAUUACUCCAGGUACUGAAUUCAUGGUGAAACUUCAAGACCAACUCACGUAUUUUGUCCACAACAAAAUCUCCACUGAUAAACUGUGGCAGGAUGUCAAAGUCUAUCUGUCUGGGCAUGAGACACCAGGGGAAGGAGAACAUAAGAUCAUGGAGUUUAUUCGUGCUGAGAGUGCUAAGCCUAAUCACGAUCCUAACAUUCGACAUUGCCUGUAUGGCCUGGAUGCUGAUUUGAUCAUGUUGGGUUUGACGAGCCAUGAGCCACAUUUCUCCCUGCUCCGAGAAGAGGUCCGGUUUGAAGGAAAGAAAUCCCAGAAAAGGAUAAUGGCUCCUGAGGAGACAACUUUCCACUUACUGCACUUGUCUCUGAUGAGAGAGUACAUUGACUAUGAGUUCUCUGAGCUCAAGAAUCAUCUUGGUUCAGAGUAUGAUUUGGAGCAAAUUAUAGAUGACUGGAUUCUGAUGGGCUUCCUGGUAGGAAAUGAUUUUAUCCCUCACCUUCCUCAUCUCCACAUCAACCAUGAUGCACUGCCGUUGUUGUAUAAAACAUACAUCAGUGUACUGCCCACUCUGGAGGGCUAUCUGAAUGAGAAUGGCCAUUUGAACCUAUAUAACUUUGAGAAGUACCUUGAGAAACUGUCUGAGUUUGACCGAGAACAUUUCAAUGAGGUGUUUAUGGACCUGAAGUGGUUUGAGAGUAAAGUUGGAAACAAAUACCUGAAUGAGGACGCUGGAUUGGCAGCAGAGAUGAAAGCUGCCAACAAAGAGAUGGAAGCUAAGAGGCAGGAGUCAGACCACUGUCCGACAAGUCUCGCCUCACCAGAAAAAGUUCUGAGAGAAUAUAAAGACGUGGCAGAAGAUGAUGAGGAAGAUGAUCUUUUUGAAACGGAGUUCCGGCAGUACAAGCGCACCUACUAUAUGACCAAGAUGAGCGUGGAUGUGGUGUCUGAUGAGUUUCUGGCUGAACAGGCCAAGUGUUACGUGGAAGGUAUCCAGUGGAUUCUCCACUACUAUUACCAUGGAGUUCAGUCCUGGAGCUGGUACUACCCAUACCACUAUGCUCCUUUUUUAUCUGACAUCAAGAAUAUAUCUGGGUUAGAGUUGAGCUUUGAACUUGGACGUCCUUUCAUGCCUUUCCAACAGUUGUUGGCAGUUCUGCCUGCUGCCAGCAUGGAGCUGCUGCCUGAGUCGUACAGGCACCUGAUGACAAGCGAAAAUUCACCCAUUAUUGAAUAUUACCCCCUUGACUUUAAAACUGACCUUAAUGGCAAGCAGCAGGAAUGGGAGGCUGUGGUGCUCAUUCCCUUCAUUGAUGAGAGGUAUUUGCUAGCAGCCAUGGAGCCCUGCAAUCAAAAGCUUACGAAAGAAGAGAAGGCCAGGAAUCGUCAUACAGAGUGUGCCCUGUACACAUAUGACCGUGACAUAGACUUCGUAUACAUCUCAACCCUGCCUCAGCUGGGCCCCAACAUCACUCACUGUCAUGCCAGGAAAGAACACAUUCCCAUGGAUGCUUGGCAAGUUCGGGUAGAUCACAUCAGCAAUCGUGUGGAUCAUUCAGUGCUGUACUUUUGUGGCUUCCCAACUCUUCAACACAUCAAGCACAAGUUUUAUAAGAAGAAGAGUGGGGUUGUUGUGUUCCAGCAGAGCAGCAGAGGAGAGAACAUGCUACUGGAGAUCCUUCCCACUCAGGAAGAAGAAAUGAUAUCUGAUGAUGUUGCUGUUCAAGUACUGGGGAAGUCUGUGUUUGUUAACUGGCCACAUCUACAGGAAGCUCGUAUUGUAGCUGUGUCAGAUGAAGACACCAAGUUUUGUGUGGAGGAACCUCCUGGUGUCCAAAGACUGUAUGACAACUCUUCCCCUCCUCCUACCACAGUCAUGCGCCUGUCUGACAAGGAACAAAAGGAAUGGCUGAAAGAUGUCCAGGGAAUCACUGAACAUUAUUUGAAGAGGAAAGGCAUUGUGGUGAAUGAGACAGAAGUCCUUGUUUAUGGUCAGUUGCUGACAGGCCGAAAAUAUGUUCCCAAAGCAAACGGAGAGGUUGUACUGGAGAAACAGUGGUCCAAACAGAUCCUGCCUUUUGCUUACCAGACUGUGGUUAAGGAUAUCAAGGCCUUCUACUCAUUUUUGACCACAUUUAGGAGGUUAGAUGAGCUCUUUCCUCUAGGAACGACUGUUUUCAUGGUGGGGCACCCUUACUAUGGUACCAUGGGUGAGGUGCAAGAUUCUAGUGACGUCAUUGAAGAAGGUAGAGUGCGUGUGGUUUUCUACGUGCCUCGCGAACCACAGUUGGACCUGCUGAUCCAGAACCAGCAUAAAUAUACUGUGAAGUACAAUCCCGGACACGUUUUGGCAUCUCGCCUUGGCAUUUCCAGCUACCUCGUCUCCCGAUUCUCGGGAACCAUCUUUAUUGGCAGAGGCUCCAAGAAGAAUCCUUGUGGGGAGCAAAGGUCCAAUAUUGGUCUGAACCUCAAGUUCAGUAAGAAGAAUGAGGAAGUUCCUGGAUACACCAGAAGAACAGAAAAGGAGUGGCUCUACUCUGCUGCUGUAGAGGAAUCACUUGCUGAAUACCUAGACAGAUUUCCUGAGGUAUUUGAAGCAGUGUCCAGGAAUUGUCAGGAUGAUGUUUUCUAUGAGGAUGACGUCUGGCCUGAAGACGAUCAGAACGGGGCAGAGAAGGUCGCUGAAAUCACUUUGUGGUUAAAAAGCCAGCCAUUCAGCUCCAUCUCCAGGUCAUCGUGUGACCUUCAGGUCCUGGACUCUGCCAUUGUGGAGCAAAUCGAGGAAACAGUGGAAAAGUCUAAGAUUAAGAAGAAUACUAAGAAAGUCCGUGUGACCGUCAAGCCUCAUCUUCUCUUCAGGCCCUUGGAGCAGCAGCAGGGUGUGGUCCCAGACCCCAAUGCAGAAUAUUGUCUGUUUGAUCGUGUCGUCAACGUAAGAGAGAGCUUCACUGUGCCUGUAGGACUCAGAGGAACUGUUAUUGGAAUUAAAGGAGCGGACCGUGAGGCAGAGGUUCUCUAUGAAGUAUUGUUUGAUGAAGAAUUUGCUGGCGGUCUCACAAUCAGAUGUACGUCAUGUCGUGGUUACCGCCUCCCACCCUGUGCUCUAAUUAACCUUUCCCAUGGAUCCAGAGUGGAUCACACCUCCCACAAACUCACUGCGAUUGUUAAACCUCAGCCUGCUGCCGCCACACACUUGAAUUCACACCACCAGCUGGUCAGCCUCAACCACUCACCUCGUUCCCCAUUUAUCCCAACACAGCAUAAUCAUAAACACAAUGUGGUGAAGGUAUCCUCUCCAGCCAACAAAAGCUGUCCGUCUAAGACACAAAUCCAGAAACAACAGUCCAAGAAUAAGGAGGACUACAAUAACUUGUGGCAUACCCUGCAGAAUUCAGGCCCUCCUCAAAAUCUGGCAGCUCACUGGCACAACAGUGCCCCAGUUGGUGCCAUCAGACUGUUGAAGAAAAAUGAAGACCCCAACAUUUUGUCAUCACAAAUUAAAGCCAAUAAGGUUACAACUGAGUUCGAGGAUCUUAUUGCCAGUCUGAAGAUGUCUGAUCCACAGUGUACUCCACCUCCUCCUGCUCUAACGCAGCCACCAACAGACCAGGCAGUUAGUCCAUUGUCUCCACAGUCCUUUGCCAUUAAGGGAACCUUGGCACUUAAAGAGAUUUUGAAGAUUGAAAGUGCUGGAACCGGAAGUACCACUUCUCAGCAGACAGCUACCUCCACCCCCUCCAGCAACCAGCAGCAGAACAGAAGACGAUCAGCCAAGAAACUCGCUGCAAAGAUGGACGCCCCACAGACUGAAAAGGUCCACUCAUCUUUACCUGUGUCGGCUGCCUCCACCAGUCUCUCUAACACCAUGUUGUGCAAUAAGGUGUCGGAGCUGGCAUGUCUAUGUGUGAGGCUUGGCAUGACACCUCCAGAGUUCAGUUUUCUACGCAACGGCCAGGGUCUGGUGGUGUGUCAGGUGAAGCUGUGCAAUGGUUUGAUGGUCCAUGGUCCACAGUGUCAGUCAGAGCAUGAUGCCAAGGAGAAAGCUGCCUUCUUUGCCCUCCAGAGACUGAGCUCAGUGGGUUCAGGCUUCCCCCUCCCGUCUCCUCUGUACCCCACAGUUGGUCAGAUGCAACCGCCACCUUCAGGCGGCAUGAUGCCAGUCUUCCCUCAAUCAGGUGGUGUGCUGUUCCGCCCCCAGGGCUACAGCCCCUCCACUCUGUGGGGAAUGACGCUUCCACAGCACCACCACCAGAACCCACCGUUCUACGGACCACCACCUAACUCCUCUGGUGUUGCCUGGCAACAGGCCGUACCAUUGCAGAACCCUGGCUCGCACCACCAGUUUGUCCCACUACAGGUGACAAAGAAGCGUGCAUCAGCCAACAAGAAGUACCAAGAAACCCGAGAGUUUUACAGCGCCGCUCAAACAGUAUCCAGGAACCAAUCUCAGAAAGAUCAGAAUCAGCCCUGCAGCCAGUCACAAGCUCAGAGCAGUACAACUGAGCAGUUCCACCCACUCACCACCAACAGCGACCCGUCUCUGUCAAGCCCUCUUUUCGCAGAUGUUUCCACAGCGACAGCCCAUCAGAUACCACCUCGACAAAAUGCCCCAGCAACAGGCCACACCCCUGGCUCCACCUCCAAGAGGAAGCACAGGAAGCUGGCUGUCAACUUUGAGGCGGCUAAAGUGUCUGAAUGAGACGUAUGCUUGAGAAGCAUAAUCUGUUUUUACGCUGCUGUUUAGAAGUUCGAUCUAUGACCCACCCACACCCACCCACCUUGUCUUAGCGCUCCAGUAAACCUGAUUGUUGCUCAUCAAAUUUCCAAAGUGUCGAGAGCGAGCUUAGACUUCUCUCUCCUUCAGGGGUUGUUACCUUCUGCAGCAACAAUACCAGGGUGCAUUCUGGGAAUUGGCUGUCACUUCAUGGUAAUUUUUUCCAUCCCUUUGCUUUUUGUUAAAUCUGGUGCAAGUUUUUCUGUACUUGCAUUGUGUUUUUCACACUUACCUGCUUGAGCAGCAAACGCUUUCUGUAGUGAAACGUAUUCAGAAACCAUUAUCUGCCUUUAGUUUUGAGUAAAAACGACCUUUUAAGGGUGGGUUAUUUGUUUUUUGUUUUUUUUGUUUGUUUUUUUUUACUUGGUUGGUGUGCUGUGUAAUUUUUAAUGAAGUGACACUGCUGACAGAUUGAAAUGACUUCAUACUACAUGUGUUUUAUAGAACAUGUAAGAGAACUGGCACCAACGUGAAAAGAUCUUGAGAGAUGUGAAACUGUGAGAAACAUGUCAUACCAUUACAAGAACAAAGUUUUAAUUUUAUGGAAAAUGUUGUCAUGAGAAUGAAGACGUAUUUUGUGAGAAUCUAGCUGUUGUAUUUUUAAAAGGUUGGAAGUGUGUGAUUCUUAAAAUAACAUGGAGGAUCUGAAUAAAAUACACUAUGUUAGGAAAUCAAAUACUUUAAAUAUUUAAUAUUGCUUUAAAGAUUAUACUACCUUUCUCUGAAAAUUUCAAACGUAAUGUGACUUAAAUUUUGCCCCCCCCC